AUGAAUGACGGCGAGAGCAGUGAGUCUGAAGAUGGCGAGAUGAGUGAGUCUGAAGAUGGCGACGCUAUGUCUUUAAUGACACACGAGGAGUCGGUUGAUCCACAGUCACCGCGAGAGCCAUCAGCUGCCUCGGGUCAGUUGUCCGAGUCGACAACCGCUGAAAUACCGCCUGCACCACUCCCAGAACGAUCGCCAGCCGACGAUUUCGAAAUUGAAGCUAAUGAGUACCAUCGUAGACAGGUUGAGAAGAUCAGAGUACUAGAGUACAUGCGGUUGAACUCUCUGGCGCAAAGUGGUGUCUUACAGGCCAAGCUGAAUGAUGAAAUCCAAAAGAAUGCCGGCCUGGCCUAUCAAAUCACAGAGUUGACAGAGGGUAUGAAGAAGUUAGAGGACGAGUUGGAUGAGGUGGUUGAGUUGCGGGAUGCUGUUAAGCGGCUGGGGAAAUCAGUGGUAUUGAACAUGAUUAGCGUCUUGUUUUCUGCUUCUGCGAAGACCUAG